AUGGAUUUCCACGAAACUGUGUCAUACGACGAACAAUUGAACGCUGUACAAGGGGAUAGGUCACCCAUACAAGCCGCUGCCGAGCAGGGAGAUAUCGCCUUGUUUGAGAUGCUUCUAGGACUUGGAGCCGACAUCAACGAGUCACCAAUCUCUAAUCAGGCAGUAGUUACGGCACUUCAGGCUGCUUCUAUCAAGGGGUACUUUGGUCUCGUUAGCAAGAUGCUAGAUUUGCAUGCGGAUCCAAACGCACCCGGAGCUGAUAUUUUUGGACGAACGGCAUUGGAAGGAGCGGCCGAGCACGGUAGAUUGGACGUCGUGCAACUACCACUCAACUCGGGGGCCCAAACGUGCGGCAACGGUCGACAUCAGUAUAUCCGCGCCAUUGAGUUUGCUUUCCAGGAGGGUCACCACGCUGUUGUGACGCUUCUCAAAUCCCAUCGGCCUUGGACCGAAGCUGACCAAGAGGUCCUUGAGGACAAGACCCUCUUUUGCCACAAACAGACCCCUGAAGGCAUCAUAAAGAUACCUUGA